AAUUGAUUGGGAGACCAAUCAACAUGAGAGUGGGUCCUUGGCCAAGAUAUUUUUAUGAGAAAUGCCAAAAAGGCAUCCUCAAUCAUACCAACUCCUACAGCUCGGUUAACCUACUCAAAGAAGUGAGAGAAGGUCUGAAAUACUCCAUUUCCUCAUCCUUUCACGCACCAAGAACAAAGGAGGAAGAAGGAGGGGAAAAGAGAAGAGGAAAAGUUGGUUUUGGAGAGGAAAACUUGUGUUUAGCAAGGUAUUCAAGGAACUUUCACGGAGUUGAAAGAGUCGCCGGAGUUGUCGCCGGAGUUCGUUGAAGUUCGCCGGAGUUUCACGGGAGCUAAAUCGGGAAGGCUAGAACUUCAUAAGCUUCAUUAAGGUUGAGGCUAGAGUCCUACUACCUGCACCUUUGCCUAGGGUGAUUGAUCGAGAAGGAAGACGUGGUUCAUGCUUCCAUUCUUAUUUCAAAUGUAUAAACCGCUCAUGGAUUUUUGAACAAUGUUUUCAUUAAAACAGUUGGGGCCUGCGUGCCCGUGUUUUCCACGUGUGGCUAAGUACCAAACAUUUUAUUAUUUCCGCAUUUGUUUGAUUUUGAUAUUGAUGUUGAUUGUAUGUGUUUACUAAUCGGUUUGGCAAUAGAAUCAAUCGGACGCCUUGUACAACUCAAUAGGGAUGAACUGUUGUUGUUCUUAUCGGGUUGUACGGCGGUUGUCUACGUGGCUAGGAUGCGGUCCGGGGCGUGACACAUUUUGCAAUCGGAUAGAUGUACAAAGUAUUUCCACUCAGUUGUUAAAAAGAGGCAAGCCAAAAAUGCAAUUGCAUCUAUUCGGUUACAAGAUGGGUCUCUCACCCAGUCCAUGGACCAGGUUGCAAAGGCGUUUAUUGCAUUUUUCAAAAAUCUUUUUGGCACAGAGGUACCUUCUUUUGACUUUGAUACAAACAUUAUGGCUUCGGGUAAAACCAUUGACCAAUCUGCUUUUGACAACCUGAUUAGACCUGUGUCUGAUUUGGAAAUCAAAGAAGCUCUAUUUGAUAUUGGAAAUGAAAAAGCCCCGGGACCGGAUGGAUACUCAUCAGCUUUUUUCAAAUCCAAUUGGGGAAAGGUUGGUGAGGAUGUGUGUGCUGCCGUUAAGGAGUUUUUUGAGUCCGGGAAUAUGCUCAAACAGGUUAACCACACCAUUGUAGCUCUUAUUCCCAAAACCUCUCAUUCUCCUUCGGUUUCUGAUUUUAGACCCAUUUCAUGUACAAAUGUGACUUAUAAGAUUAUUACCAAGAUUUUAGCAUCAAGACUUGGCCCUUGUCUUUCUAGUGUAGUUGAUCCAUCACAGGGUGCUUUUGUGGAUGGUAGACAAAUGACUGAUAACAUUUUCCUUGCCCAAGAACUGGUGAGGGGAUACACUAGAAAGAGGGUCUCUCCGAGAUGCAUGAUUAAGGUUGAUAUUAGGAAAGCAUAUGACACUAUUUCUUGGACUUUCCUGAAAAAGGUUUUAAAGGGAAUUGGGCUGCCCAACAUUUUUGUAAAUUGGAUCAUGGAGUGUGUGACUACCUCUUCUUUUUCGAUAUCCAUAAAUGGAAACUUACAUGGUUGGUUUGAGGGAAAAAGAGGUUUGAGACAAGGAGACCCAAUGUCUCCCAUGCUAUUUGUGUUAUGUUUGGAAUACUUGUCUAGGAUGUUAGCUAUUAGGACUUCUAAUCCUAAUUUUAACUAUCAUCCCUUAUGCUCCAAACUAAAGAUCUCACACUUAGCCUAUGCGGAUGACUUAAUGCUAUUUUCAAAAGGGGAGCUCAAGUCCAUUAAGAUUCUAGUUGAUGCUUUAAAUGACUUUGGAAGGGUCUCGGGUUUACUAGUAAAUCAAGAUAAAUCUAAUAUUUUUGUGGGGGGAAACAUUGCACAAAAAUUGCCAUCUAUAUUACAGUUGGUGGACUUUCAACAAGGAUCCUUUCCGGUAAGGUAUCUUGGUAUUCCAUUGGCUCCUCUAAAGAUCUCUGUUGCCCAAUUCUCUCCUUUGAUUGAUACGGUCACAUACUAUUUUAAUGCAUGGAAUACAAAGUCCUUGUCUUAUGCUGGGAAAGUUGAGUUGAUAAAGUCAGUUGUCCAAGGGGUGCAGUCAUUUUGGCUAGGCAUAUUUCCUGUUCCCAAAACCAUUUUGGACAGAAUUGUGAGUUUAUGUAGAUUUUUUUUGUGGGGGGGUAAACAUGCUAAAGUGGCAUGGGAAGAUGUAUGUUUACCAAAAGAGGAAGGGGGGUUAGGAAUUAGAGAUACAAAUGUUUGGAAUAAUGCAUUACUGUCUCGUACACUUUGGAAUAUACAUGAAAAACAGGACACACUUUGGGUAAGAUGGGUAAAUGGAGUUUAUCUUCAUGGGAGAGAUGUGUGGACUUUUGUUCCACACAAUAGGGACUCUCAAUUGAUGAAGAGAAUUGCUUUGAUCCGAGACUCCAUGGUAUCUAAAUACCCUUCUAUACCCGAGACCAUUAUCAACCUUGGAAAGAUGGCUCACAAUGGUAAGCUUUCUUCUUCAAAGGUAUAUGACCUUCUUAGGAUGAAAGGGACUACCCAUGCAUGGAUGGCUUUCAUUUGGAAAGCCUAUAUCCCACCCAAGUUUUCUUUCAUUAUGUGGCUAGCCUAUCGUAAUAGGCUGCCUACAUAUGAUAAUAUGGUUUAUCUUGAUAUAGUUAAUGUCUGUCCAUUUUGUAAGGGUGGUCCGGAGACGGUACCACACCUAUUUUUUUGAAUGUGUUUGUACAGGGCAGAUUUGGGAGAGUAUAAAAGGAUGGCUUGGAAUCUCUAGGCAAAUGUCUUCGUUGAGGAGUGCGGUGAAAUGGAUUUCAAGAGAUUGCAACGGAGCACACAUUAGAGCAAAGGCUACAAGGAUAGCGUUCAGCUAUACAAUCUAUUGGAUAUGGAGGACUAGAAAUGCAAUUCGAUUUGAUGGAGCAGCGCCAAAGAUGGAUGAUACAAUUGCACAUAUCAAGUAUAUGGUGUACAAAGUGCUAUUCUCGCUAUAUCCGUAUCAUAUGAUACCGUUUUGAAUUAUAAACUAUCCUAUUUUUUGUCAUGAGGUGAUGGCUAUUAUUUUGCUAGAGGAUAGUAGUUAGAGGAUAAGC